AGUCUACUUUGUGCUUCAUAAGGAAUGGCGCGCCGAGAAUGUCGUGGUAUGGCGUGCAAACGGUGUAACGAAUCAUCACGUCUGAUAUCUCAAUAGACAAACUAUGUGUACUUUAAGAAAUGUACGUGAAGCCCGGUAGCUAUAUUUUUUUUGCAGCGCUCCAUAGAAGGUCCAGCGUCCAAUACUGAUGUCGCAGUACACAAAAUCUACAGUUACUAACGUGAAGUCUAUUUGAAGGAGAAAACAAUCUUAUAAAAUGUUUUUCACACCAACGGUUGAGCUGUGGUGGGUGAAAUCCAGUGAUUUGGUGGAUUUGAUCAAUUCCGAUUGCACCUCAGCCAGGUUUAGAAGAUUGCUUCGACACUGCCUAAACCCAAACAAGACUGUUGGUGAUAUGCAGCUUACACCCCUGCACCACGCUGUAUACAAACAAAGAUCUGACUGUGUUGAUCAUCUCCUGAAUCAACUCGCUGAUGUCAAUGUGCAGGAUUGUUGCGGUUAUACACCCGUCCAUCUCGCCGCCAAACAUGGACUGGUGGACAUCCUGGAGCAGUUGGUGCGGCCGGUCAACAGGGCCGACACAAACAAGCCGGACGUGGUCGGUAUGACCCCGCUCUCCCUCGCCAUACAGGGAGGUCACCGAGCCUGCGCAGAGGUGCUGCUCAAAAAUGGCGCCAACCCCAACUACAGCCAUAAACACAUCGGUUACGAGAUUCACCGCGUCCCGUUUGACUCGCCCGAGUGUUUCCAAUUACUGCUGAGGUACGGAGCCAAUCCGGAGUCUCGAACUCCGACUAGAGGACUAACGGCACUGCACGCAGCAGUUGAGGCUGGGAACCUCGAAUUUGUAGAGAUUGUGGUGACUCUAGGGUGUAACAUACACGCUUGGACUACUCCCCGGGCACCAGAGAGACCCAGACGCAACGCACUUCAGCUAGCAAUCAUAGGAAACGAGGUCGACAUCGUGAGGUGUCUACUGGCUCACGGAGCUGACCCGAACUGCCGCGACCAGCAGGGUAACACCCCGUUGCACCACGCCUCGGCACACCGGGACACCGAUAUCAUCACGGUGUUACUGGACAACGGUGCCGAUAUCCACGCCUUGAAUGACCGCCAGUAUCAGCCGCUACACCGUGCCUGCUCCGCUGGGAGAGGCCCCGAAAUCCUUUCCUUGCUCAUGAGGAGUGGCGCCGACAUGGACGCACGAACUCGCACCAACGAUACACCACUUAAGUGUCUCCUUCUUCAUUACAUCAAUGUGUUGCUCACUGAAGAGGAAGAUCACAGUCAAGUGGAUCAUGCUUGUCUGUUGGGCAUAGUAGCCUUCAUCAACAGUGGAGGGCGCUUUACCAUCUCCACAGACAGGGACGACUUCCGGAGUCUGCUGAAACUGCUGCCCCAGUUGACCUCACUGCCACAGACCAUUCAACUUCUCAUAGCAGGUUCAGAUUGCAUAUACAUCGAAGACAUCGAUGACCUGCUGUUCAGUUUUAUCAGGGAGCCCCUCAGGACCCAGCUGUACCUGGCCACUCGUAACCCACCUUGUCUUGGACGGAUGGUGAGGCGUGCCAUUCGGUGCCUGAUUGGUUACAAGCGGUGCGAGGAGGCCGUCCGAGAUUUGCCGUUGCCGGUUUUGCUGCAAGACUAUUUACUGUUUUAUUGGGGUUGAGGCACAGACCAACGAUAAUUAUACAAAUGUAGCAGCACUGGAAUUUUAUGACCUAGCCUGUCUUUAUGAUCCAGACUGUUUUAGGAGGAAUAUCAAUUCCUACCUCCAGCUUUCCUAAUUAUUUUUUAAGCAUAUUUUUCUUCUGUCUAGCCUUUUGCCAAGAGUAGCUUUUACAGCCUCGCUUGGGACGAUUUUGCAUUUAUUUUUAAUGGGAGAGCGUUACCAAGUGCUUCCGUCUUUUUAAAGUGCUAAGAAAUGUAUCUUCUUAUGCGAAAUUCCUUGCGAUUUUCAGCCUAAAUGGCUUUACAAUGCAUGAAAUUGUGCAAAAAAAAUCGAAACACAAAUCCAAACACUGUUUAAUAGUGAACCGAUGCUUAGUGUGUGCCGCACACUGCUAUAUAAGUGUUUACUAAUUAUCGCUUUGACGGUUUAACCUUUAAGAUAUGUUGUCAGCAAGAAAGCGAAUUUUUUUCUCUUAAGUUGGUGAAUUAUAUUUUUUUCCCCAGAUAUGCAUCAAUGUGUCUAAGUUAUUUCAUUGUUUAAGCCUUGCAUCACGAAGUAUCCAGUGUAACACAUUUCAGCUUGCACGCAUUCGGUAACACAAUAUGCAUACGUACCCGGUACAGCUCAAGGGAGUGAGAUACCGACACUCGUUUACCAUUGAUCCCUGCAUAUAGAAAAUUCUCAGAUUUUACUACGUGAAACUGAAAGUGUAAUUUGGUGCACCUGAAAGACCUUUAUCUCGGUUCGUGCAGCCAACAAAACCAAGGGUUUAAACAACAGUAUAAAACUUGGAUCCGGUUCCAUUUUUAAUUCCAUUAUGAUGCGCUAUGGACAGCGAGCAUGCAGAGAAGAUGUUCAAUGCUGGUCUGAGAGCAUUAGACAUACGAUACCAGCAGCUGAAAAUUGCCGGCUAGAAUUUCGAGCUUGGUUAAUGUUUUAAUUGGAGGGUUCGUAGCGGCACAAAAGGCCCGAAUCCUAAACCCCUUACAUUUCCCAGCAAAUUGAAUUGGGGUCAGGGGACUGUCUAUGGUUACCUCUGCCAUUGCUCAGGUGCCAGCGUUGAGUGAAGCACAAUCAAUUUUCCUUUUAACCACUCUGCCCACAUUUCUGCACGGGUCGUGUCUCAAGACGAAUCGGCUCGAGGAGAAUCGACAGUCUUCAGAGCGUUGGUAUGAUUUGAAGUCAUGCAUUAAAGCGGUUUUCAAAAGGUGCUGCUUGAGGGCGCCAUAUUUGCAACUGGUCUAAUCGAAUAGCAAGUUCAAUGAGUUUGAUUUUACAAGGGAUAAAUAUCCUAGGAAUUUUUAAUCCGUUUUGAAGGAAAGAGCACCUGAUGCAUACAGUUUGUCAGCGAAAGACGGGCCGUUAAGAUAUGGUUGUAAUAAAAUCACAGUCGGUAAUGAGAGGUUUUUAUAAUGUCUGUGCUGCUUGAGCGAUUUAAGAAAUUGUAAUUUUUGAAUUAGAAACAAUUUCUCUUCAUUUUUCUAAUCACAUGAGGUCGCUUUAAUAACGUGUUUGCGUGAUGCAAUCAAGGGACGUCAAAGCUUAUGUAAAAACAAACCGUUUGUGCAAGGCCGGUUUAAUAAAGUUUAAAUAAUCAGUUCCAGUGCCUUUUAUGAAACAAUUCAUCCGAAAAGAAUUACACGGGUAGCCAUCAAGAUUGAACACUUAUUUUUUUUGUCCCUUUGGUAACAUCACUACCAUCACAUGAGUACGAGAAUGGACUUGCACCAAACUGUCCUCGACACAAAGAUAAAACAAGCCUCAAGCAGAAUUCCACCACACCACUACUUUAAUUUUUCCUGAUGUGUCCCACCAUACUUACGAUAAAUCUGUGCACAGCAUGUUGGAAUUUUGACCACGCUUUGUGCAAUGGCUGUUGUCGCUCAUCACCAUCAGAAAUCAUCCUAUAGUGUAUCACACAGUGGGGACUUAUUUUGGCUUAGACUUCGUCUCCUUUGCGAAUAGUUUGACCCACUUAAACUGUUAAAUUACGUUUAGGGUAAUCAUUCCCAAACCACUCUUCAUUUUGGACACUGAUGAGGGUUUUUACCACUGUGACCCUAUAAAUCCUAGAGAAGAUGCCUCAGCCAGCACGUCUGCCGGACCAUCUGGCUUCAUUUUUUUCUCGGGAAUGAAGACGGAGAUGCUGACAGUCACUAUAAGUUA